AUGCCUGGUUGUUGUGUCCCUGGCUGUUUCAAUAGCAAUAAGAAAUGUUUUUCCUUAAGGCGUUUUCCUGCAAAUUUAGAACGGCGAACAUUAUGGCUGGGAAAGAUAGGCAAAAAAAAUUGGCAACCUUCUCAACGUUCUUAUAUUUGUGAAAUUCACUUUUCAAAGGAUAUGUGGGAAAAGCCUAGAGUUGAUGGAAAACAAAAAUUAAAAUGUAACGCUGUACCAACAAUUUUUCCAACUUCAAACAUAAAUCACUGCCAAGAGCUUAGUGAGACUAUCUCUAAUGUACAUCCAUCAAAUGAGACUUCCACGUCUGUUUCAAAAUCUCAUUCUUUGAAAAGAUAUGCAGACACAUUACACGAUUUGGAGAAAAAUGUUGUUAAGGAAUUACAAAUCGUUACAAACAUUCAUGAGACUAUUUUGAUGGAUAUUUUUAAAAAAUCGAUGUCUAACUCGAAUAAUCAAUCAAUGAAUAUUAAUUUACAAUCUGUUAUUAAUAAUAACGAAUACAAUUUGGAAGACACUCAAUUAACUGAAUUGAAUAUUGAAAAUCGAACUGAUAUCAUUGCAACAAUACCAAACUCAGAUGCUAAUCAAUUAGCAUUACAAUCUGCUUUAUUGAAAAUAAAAAAUUUAGAAACAAAGCUUAACAAAGCCAACACGAUCAUUUGCAAAGGCGAAAAAGCGAAGAAACAUCUACUUCAACAUGAUAGAGAAAAAGAUUGCAUGUUGGCACUUGACAAAAUGAGCCUGGUGAACAACAUGACGCAUCAACCAAUUUAA